CAAAUGUCAAUUUGACAGCCAUAAUCGCACACAUUUCAUUGUGCAAUCAAAAAAACUGGAAAACUGCAAAAAAUCUCUCUUGCACGUGUCGUUCCAGUAGGCAGGCAACAAGUUUGAAGCAGUGCAGUUAGUUGUUUAUAUUCUCAUAAGGAAGCUAAAUUAUUUAAGUGAAAUAAAGAUGUUGCUGCAACAAUUCACCCGCGCAUUCCACACCACACGUAUAGCCUUAGCCGGUGUUGAGAAGAGUGCUUUGGCCACGCUGCGCAAGAAGACCGGCUACACAUUCGCCAAUUGCAAGAAAGCACUGGAAAAACAUAAUAACGACAUCAAUGCAGCUGAAAAAUGGUUGAACGAACAAGCCCAAAGUAUGGGUUGGUCAAAAGCCACAAAACUUGCUGAAAGAACAACAGCUCAGGGUUUAGUAGGUGUACUUAUUCAUGGCAACAUCGGUGCUAUGGUGGAAGUCAACUGUGAAACCGACUUUGUUGCACGCAACGAGCAUUUCAAGAAUUUUGUCGAUCACGUGUCACGCAUUUGUGCCAAGUACACUGAAACUACAGAUUUCGAUGGAGAUUUAUGGAAGCUCGGAUUCGAAGCUGAAGCGCUGAAGAACCUCCGGAUGGCAGAUGGCAAAACACUAGGAGACCACCUGGCAUUACUCAUUGGUACUGUGGGAGAAAAUGCUUCAAUUAAACGUGCGAUAUGCUUUAAGACCAGCAAUGAUUUACAGUUAGCCGGGUAUGCUCACCCGACAGCCACGAAUGUGGCUGCAGCCGAGAACACUACGCAAAUCGGCAAAUAUGGAACAAUUGUGGCUUUCCGUGGUUCUGAAGUCGAUGAUGAACUUCAAAAAAAUCUUUGCCAGCAUAUUGUUGGUCUAAACCCCGUGAAGAUUGGCGAAGAAGGAAAGGAUAAACCAGUGGCUAAUAAAGAUGACGAGACAUGUCUCAUACACCAAGAGUACUUGCUAGACCCCGAUCGCACAGUAAACGAAGUCCUAAAGGAAAAUAACGUGACAAUCAUCGAUUAUCAGCGAUACGAAUGCGGGGAGGCAACAAAAAAUGAGCGCUUAGAACAGGCUGAAGUAAGCAAUUAAUGCCGUAUGCUUGCGAAUCUGUAAUGUUAUAUAAUCCAUGAAUUGUUGUUUUAAACUUAGUCAGUGCUAAAUUUCAAAUUUAAAUUUAUAGAAAUAUGAACAAAAAUAAAUAUUCACAAUUCCAUAAAUUUCAAAAAUAAUAA